CGCCGGCUGGGUUUCACGGCUUGCACCCAGGCUCACCCGGCCAGGGAAAGGGUUGCAUGAGCGGUGGGCCAAGGGGUUGCGGUUGGGGUGCAGGGAGGGCCUCGGGUCCUGGGCCGGGGGGUGCAGGGAGGAGGGCCGGGGCGCGGGGGAGCGCGGGGACAUGGCAAAGCUGGACCAUGAGGAGGGGGCAGCGGUGGCACCCGGGCACCCGCCCGCGAAUGGAUACCUCCUGGUCCCGGGGGGCGAGCCCCCCGGAAAGCUGAGCGCGGAGCCGCAGAACGGGCCGAAAGCCGGCUGCCUGACCCUGAAUGGAGUGUCUCGGGACCGCCUCGUGGCCGCCGCUGAAUCCCUCGGCAGGCCGCAGACUCCGCUGGCUCCAGAGGAGGAGACCCAGACCCGGCUGCUGCCUACGGGCCCCGGGGAGGAGACCCCCGGGGCCGAGGGCUCCCGGGUGCCCCAGACUGCGCUCUCUGCGCGGCGCUUUGUGGUGCUCCUGAUCUUCAGCCUGUACUCGCUGGUGAACGCCUUUCAAUGGAUCCAAUACAGCAUCAUCAGCAAUGUUUUCGAGGGCUUCUAUGGCGUCUCCUCCCUGCACAUCGACUGGCUGUCCAUGGUGUACAUGCUGGCCUACGUGCCCCUCAUCUUCCCCGCCACGUGGCUGCUGGACACCAGAGGCCUGCGGCUCACGGCCCUGCUGGGCUCCGGCCUCAACUGCCUGGGCGCCUGGAUCAAGUGCGCCAGUGUCCAGCAGCAUCUCUUCUGGGUCACCAUGCUGGGCCAGUGCCUGUGCUCCGUGGCCCAGGUGUUCAUCCUCGGCUUGCCCUCCCGCAUCGCCUCGGUGUGGUUUGGGCCCAAGGAGGUAUCCACAGCUUGUGCCACUGCCGUGCUAGGCAAUCAGCUUGGAACUGCAGUUGGCUUUUUGCUACCACCAGUUUUAGUGCCCAACACACAGAAUAACACAGAUCUUCUGGCUUGUAAUAUCAGUACCAUGUUUUAUGGAACAUCAUCCGUCGCCACAUUUUUAUGUCUUUUAACAGUAAUUGCAUUCAAAGAAAAACCUCAGUAUCCACCAAGUCAGGCUCAAGCAGUUCUUCAAAACAGUUCCCCUGCUGAAUACUCGUAUAAGAAAUCAAUAAGGAACCUAUUUAGAAACAUUCCUUUUGUCCUUCUCUUGAUCACUUACGGUAUCAUAACUGGAGCAUUUUACUCAGUCUCAACAUUAUUAAAUCAAAUGAUACUGACAUAUUAUAAGGGAGAAGAAAUCAACGCUGGAAGGAUUGGGCUAACAUUGGUAGUAGCUGGAAUGGUAGGCUCUAUUCUUUGUGGCUUGUGGCUAGAUCAUACCAAAACAUACAAACAGACUACUCUGAUAGUUUACAUUUUGUCUUUUUUGGGAAUGGUUGUAUUUACUGUCACAUUGGAACUUGGACACAUUGCCAUCGUGUUUGUUACUGGAGGGGUACUCGGUUUCUUCAUGACUGGUUACCUCCCACUGGGUUUUGAAUUUGCUGUUGAAAUCACUUACCCAGAAUCUGAAGGUACUUCCUCUGGUCUUCUUAAUGCUGCGGCACAGAUAUUUGGAAUUUUGUUCACAUUGGCUCAAGGAAAACUCACGUCAGACUAUGGUCCUAGGAUAGGGAAUAUUUUCCUCUGUAUUUGGAUGUUUCUAGGCAUCUUUUUAACAGCAUUAAUCAAGUCUGAUCUCAAAAGAUACAAUAUAAACAUAGGAAUUGUGAACAGUGAUAUUAAAGCUGUACCAGUUGAAGAUAGUCCCACAGAUCAAGAAUCCAAAACUAUGAUGAUGUCCAAGCAGUCAGAAUCGGCAAUUUGAGGUGAAAGAAAAAGUUAACAUCAUGUGAUAGUUGAGUAGUAAGACUUGGUUUAUACAUGACAGGAGAUGGAUACUUAAUUGAAAAUUAUUAUGUGACCUCUCACUAUAGUUACUGUCUUGCUUCAUUGUUAAU